GGUCUGGAGCUCUCAGGUCUAAACUCCAUCGGCUCCUGGCCUGGGGAGACGCCGGGAAAGCAUGGCUCUGCGGUACUGUGGGGCGCUGGCCCUGGUGGCUGGGCUGCUGCUAAUAUUCGCCACGGUCCCCAGCUCAGAGAGCCAGAAGAGCAGGAAAGAUGUGGAAACGUCGCGAAUCCCUCCUCGAUUCAGCCAAAAGGAGUGCACAGAGAUGAAAGAAGCCCUGAAAGGUGCCAUCCAGAUUCCCACAGUGUCUUUCAGCCACGAGGAGUCCAACACCACAGCCCUAGCUGAGUUUGGAGAAUACAUCCAUAAAGUCUUUCCCAGGUUGUUCAACACCAGCUUUAUCCAGCAUGAAGUUGUGGGAGAGUACAGCCACCUGUUCACCAUCCAAGGCACAGACCGCAGCCUGCAGCCCUACAUGCUCUUGGCUCACUUUGACGUAGUACCUGCCCCAGAGGAAGGCUGGGAGGUGCCCCCCUUCUCUGGGCUGGAGCGUGAUGGCUUCAUCCAUGGUCGGGGCACGCUAGACAACAAGAACUCUGUGAUGGCAAUCCUGCAAGCCUUGCAGCUCCUGCUGACCCGGAACUACAUCCCACAAAGGUCUUUCUUCAUUGCUCUGGGCCAUGAUGAAGAGGUAUCAGGAGUACAUGGGGCUCAGAAGAUCGCAACCCUGCUCCAGGCAAGGGGCGUCCAGCUGGCCUUCAUCGUGGAUGAGGGCAGCUUCGUAUUAGAUGGCUUCCUUCCCAGCCUCAAGACGCCCUUUGCCAUGGUCUCAGUCUCAGAGAAGGGCGCCCUUGACCUCAUGCUGCAGGUGAACAUGACUCCAGGCCACUCCUCAGCUCCCCCAAAAGAGACCAGCAUUGGCAUCCUGGCAGCUGCCCUCAGUCGACUGGAACAGACACCAAUGCCAAACCUGUUUGGGAGAGGGAUAUUGAAGAUGACAUUGCAGCAACUGGCAAAUGAGUUUCCCUUCCCCCACAAUAUAUUGUUGAGCAACCUAUGGCUCUUCCAGCCCCUUGUAAGCAGGUUUUUGGAGAGAAAUCCUAUAACCAAUGCGAUGAUCAGGACUACUACAGCUAUCACUAAGUUCGAAGCAGGGAUAAAGGGAAAUGUCAUCCCGCCCUUUGCCCAGGCCGUAGUCAACUUCCGAAUUCACCAUGCGCAGACAGUCCAAGAGGUCUUUGAAUUUGUCAAGAACACUGUGGCCGAUGACCGGGUUCAGCUGCAGGUGCUCAGAGCCUUUGAGCCCCUGCCACUCAGCCCCUCUGACAGCCAGUCCCUGGGCUACCAGCUGCUCAGCCAGACCAUCCAAUCCGUCUUCCCGGAAGUCAACAUUAUCACCCCAGGCAUUUGUAUUGGCAACACAGAUAGCCGACACUACACAAACCUUACCACCAGCAUCUACCGCUUCAACCCUGUCCGUCUUCAGCCCCAGGGCUUCAGUGGCAUCCACGGAUUCAACGAGAAAAUCUCAGUCCAAGACUAUGAGACCCAGGUGAAAUUCAUCUUUGAGCUGAUCCAGAACGCUGACUCAUACAAGAAACCAGCUCAUCACCUGCAUGAACUGUGAGGGCAAGGAGCCAGCUGGGCCAGGGAUGCCCAGCCCUGGGCCAGGACUAACCCAAGGGAGAAAGCUGAUGAUUGUGAAGCUUUUGGUCAAAAUUUCAUUUUAAGACAUUACCCCAAUCCCUUGCCUUGCUCACUGCUAGGUUUACCCAGAAAUAGGGCCAGAAGGUAAAAGAUCUGCAGAAAUCUGGCUUGUCCAUCCUCCCAGAGUGUGCGUCACUGGCACUCACUGCCUUCUUGUUCCUCCUAGCUCAGGAGCUCUUGGCUUUGCCCAUCUUACUUUGGUUGUUGAACUGCUCCACCCUCUGGGUCUGACCUAACAAAUGCAGAUUGGAAAAACCUCAAGUAGGCUUCACCUGAUAGCAGUGUCUAACCGAGGGUGUCCUUGCUGGGACACCUGUCCCAGGGCUAAUAUAUUUCUUCUCACUGCAGUUUCCUUUCUUAUUUGUCCCUUCUGUUCUCAGGCUCAGAGCUGUCUCUCCAUCUCUCCUGUCUUGCCCUUGCCCUUUACACUGCACCUGGACAAGAUCUGAUCAACCUAUGAUGCUACCAUUGGUCAAAUAAAGGAAUCUGGG